ACUAUAAAAAUUCCUUCCCGAAUAGGAGAUCCACCCACCUUUUCUGACCCAGAUACCUUAAAAAGAGCUUUCAAAGCAUGGCCAGCAAGUCACUCAGUGAAGUUAAAGUGUAAGGCAAUGGGAGCAGCACCUCUUAAUUACACCUGGCUUAAAGACGGGAAGAUUUUAAGAAGGAGAAGAUGGGACCCAUACCUGAACACUUCAAUUUGGUACUUGAAACUAAAAGACCUAAGACCUGGAGACGCUGGGGAAUACACUUGUAUAGUGUCGAAUCCAUAUGGCAGUAUAAAUCAUACAUACACGGUCAGGGUUCUGGGUGAGUACAUGAGACAGUGAUAAGAGGAUGGUCCAAUCUUGAUCUAGUUUUCUUAUUUUUUUUGGAAUCAUUUCAUUUAGGCCGCAUAGGGCUAACUCUCGUCAUCUUUCUAACAGCUAAACCACGAACAAGACCCAUUUUGCGGAAAGAUUUUCCAAGGAACAAAAGUGCACAGGCUGGAGAAAGUGUAACAAUGAAAUGCCUUGUGGUUGUAAGUGGGACACUUCCAGAUUUUAGAUGGCUGAAAUGGGACAAGUCUAUCACAUUUGUGUCAAACGUGGGGGAUAACUUGGAAGAUGGACCAUUUCAGCUGAUAGAUCUAAAGUAUUACAGCGCUAUCCAGCAGGGACCUGAAAGUUAUGGAUCCGAGUUGAAAAUUAGUAAUGUGACAGAAGAAGAUUUUGGACUUUACACUUGUUACGUGAGCAAUCAUAUCGGAGCAGAAUACAACAGCGCAUUUCUUAGCAGAGCGUUGCCAAGUGACAGAGGUAAGGCCAUUAAAAGGGCUAUGUCAGACUAU